AUGAAGGUCGACGAGAAGAAUACUUGCAGAGGUAAAGAAAACCUGAAUAGUAAGGCCAAUGAAGAAUUGAAGAACAAGAGGCACGGCCAUAUGCUUUUGAUUAUCAGCGUUAUCUACAAAAGAGAGAACAUUGCUCAUGAAAGGAUCUCGGUAUUGAAGGGACCAACCGUAGCCAAUUACCAGGAAACAACAUACGACAAGGAAGUAUUUGACAAUUCGCAAACGAGCCUCUUCCACUGGAAACGAUACAAGAUUAUGAUCCUUGCUCUGGUCCACAGGUAUAUUGUGCCUGAAGGCCGUGGAUCGAUAUUCAGCAUCGAGAAUUCUACCUACACCCAAAUCAGCACAAAUAUCAAGAUCAUUCGUAAUAAGUAG